AUGGCCCAGCAGCCAUUGCCCACGUCGGCAAUACCCACCGACAUUUACGGUGGAGAUGAGGUGUCCGCCCUCGUUCUCGACCCCGGCUACUGCAGCACCCGCGCAGGCUUCGCCGGUGAAGAUGUGCCCAAGUCUGUUCUGCCCUCGUUCUACGGUCACGUCACUAGCGAACCCCAGCGCGACCUAUUUGGCGACGAGUGCAUCAUCCCCCGCGCCGAUUUCGAGAUACGCAACUACAUGAACCGGGAAAGCGUCGUCCAAGACUGGGAUGUCGCGCCCAAGAUCUGGGAGAACAUGCUCAUCAAGCGCCUGCAGCCCGAGCGCCAGACGCCGCCCUCGAAAAACGGUCUGAACGACGACGUCAAGGAGCAGGAUGGUGACGGUGACACAGCCAUGGACGAGGCUGAAAACCAAGAAAAGCCCCUGCAAGAAAGUCCUCUCUUGAUGACGGAAGCGCCGUGGAACACGCCCAAGUCGAGGGAGAAGGCCAUCGAGGUCAUCAUGGAGAACUGGGGGUGCCCUGCCUUCUGGCUGAGCCGUACCCCCGUGCUCUCUGCAUUCGCUGCUGGCAAGGCGACCGCCCUGGUCAUUGACGUGGGCGGCGCCAACACCUCCGUCACCGCCAUUCACGACGGCAUGGUUCUCAAAAGGUCCAUCCAGCGUUCUCCGGCCGGCGGCCUCUGGCUCUCCUCUCAGAUCCGCAACAUGUGGGAGACGUCUGAGCCCAAGGUCCAGCUGACGCCGACGUACAUGGUGGAGAACAAGUCCGCCGUCGACGCCUUGGCACCCGCCCAAGUCCGAUUAAGGGAGUUCCCCUUCCAGAUCAGCGAUUCCUUGCGCGCUUACGAGGAGGAACGGGUUCUUACCGAGUUCAAGGAGUCGGUCGUCGAGGUCUGGCGCGGGCCCGGCCGAUACAGCGCCCCGAAUAACGAAGACUACAUCAAGGCGCAGCCAGGCCGUGUCUUUGAAAUGCCCGACGGCUACAAUCAGAUGUGGCGCGAGCAGCGCUUCAAGGUCACCGAAGGCCUCUGGGAUGAAAGUGCCGGAUACGCCGUUGCAGAGUCAGAACGCCUCACCAAGGCCCAAACCAUUCCCGAACUCAUUCGCGCCUCCCUAGGCGCUGUGGAUGUUGACCUGCGCGGCAAUCUGCUCGCCAAUGUCGUCGUCACUGGUAGCACCAGCUUGAUCAACGGCUUCAACGAUCGCCUGAGCAAUGAGUUGACAGCCAUGUACCCCGGGCUGAAGGUCAAGAUCCACGCAGCUGGUCUUUCGAGCGAGCGACGAUUCGGUGCCUGGAUUGGCGGCAGCAUCCUGGCCAGCCUGGGCACUUUCCACCAGAUGUGGAUUUCGAGAAAGGAGUAUGAAGAGAACGGCGCCGGGGUCGUCGAGAAGCGGUGCAAGUAG